AAGAGAAGGAAAAUUCUACCAUAUUUAAGAUUAAAACAUUUUUUUAUCAGUCUUCAUUGCUUCAGUUUCGCCAGCACAAUGUUUUCGUUGUUUCAAAAAGCCUUGCUGAUGGUUCUGGUGAGUGCGUGUGCCGACUCAACUGUGCUGAAUGAAGAACCUGAGGACUUUGGACCCAGAGUUGCUGGAGAAGUUCCUGAUAGCAGACAAGGGCAUAGAGGCCUUCUGUACCCCCCAACAGCUCAGAGACAUGGAGUUCUUCGCCCAGUCCGUCAGAUGUCAGUGGGAGUGGAAACGCAUGGAAUUCCUUCUGUAGUUUGUCCUAUGUUCCCAGCAGACACAACUCCAGAGAUAAGGAGUCUUUAUGAAUGUAAGGUGCCUAAUGAAAACAGCAACAACAGUAUGUUAAUGCAUAAUGAAACCAACAUCAACGAAACAGGGGUGCUGAAAAUAACCAGCACCCAGAAGGGGAAAAUCUCAGAAGAAGCCCUGUUGUUUCUCACUGGCUCUGUGUCCAACAUCCUCAUCCCUUCCUUCUACACACUGGUCUGCCUCCUCAGCUUGCCGAUCAACAUUUGUGCAGUGGUGGCCUUUACUCUGAAGAUCAAACCCAAGAAGCCGGCGGCCAUCUACAUGUUGAAUCUGGCCUGUGCCGAUCUGCUCUUUGCUGUGCUGCUCCCCUUCAAGAUCAUCUACCACUUUGGAGGCAACAACUGGAUAUUCGGCUCACUCAUGUGCCGCGUGGUCACUGCAGCCUUCUACUGGAACAUGUACUGUUCUGUUCUGCUCAUAACUUGCAUCAGUGUGGACCGUCUCCUUGCUGUAGUCUAUCCUCUUGACUCUCUGCCUUGGAGGACGCCAGGGAACGCAAUCAUGGCCUGCGUCGCCAUGUGGAUAUUAUCCUUCGCUGGCACUGUGCCCCUUGUCCUCGACGACCAGACUUUUCCCCUUAGUCAGCUGAACAUCACCACCUGCCACGACGUCCAGCCUGUGCACGAGAUAAUCUUGUACUACAAGAUCUGCUUCAUCUUCCUGUGCUGCGCCUUCUUCUUCCUGCCUCUGCUCAUCACAGUGGGGUCCUACACUCGACUGAUCUGGGCACUGAACAGAGUGCCACGCGGCGUUCUAGGACGUUCGAGCAGGAGAACAAGAGCAGUGGUGAUGGCUGGAACAGUGCUGGUGAUAUUUGUGCUGUGUUUCACACCCACAAACUGUCUACUGAUGGCCCACUAUCUGCAAUUUAACGGAGGUGCUGAGGCGAUUCAAGAGAGCACUGAUGGCUCUUACGCAGCCUAUCUCAUGUUUAUGUGUUUAGGAAGUCUGAACUGCCUCCUGGAUCCUCUGGUCUACUACUUUGGCUCAUCCCAGUGCCAGAAACAACUUUCCAGCACACUUAGGUGUGAGAAGAUUUUGGAGGGCUGUAGUGGACAUUCCUUUUCUAGCCUCAGUACUCGCUUAACUAGGAUGAGAACAACCUGAUCCAGUGACCUGCAGGUUGACCUCCACCCUGCAGAGUUACCAUAAAAACUCAAUUUUGGAGACAAAUUAAAACCAGGGUUUCUUCCAAACCACAUGCUUUCAAUCAGAUCAAAUAGAUAUACUAUGUAACCAACACCUAAUAACAUUGCUCCCUCUGCCUCUCUCUCUUCCCAGAGGUGUGGCGAUCACAGACGUAUGUCAUGAAACCACAUUUCAUUCUGUUCUGAAAACCAGCUCAUUUUAUUGAAUGACUUUAGCAAAGAGCAAACAAUGUUUAAACUGUCUUGAUCUGGUUAAUAUUGUUUUAUUACUGCUUUGAGGUAAUUUGAUAGAAAUUCCAAAAGUGGCCCAGUAUGAACUUUAAAUUGCGAAGCCUAUUAUAUAAAGUGCCAUUAUAUAAAGUAUACUGCAACUAGUAAUGUUAUCCUGUAUUCAAAUCAUAUAAUGUUAGAUAUAUUAUGUUAUGAAAGUUGUUGUGAUGAUUCGUUAUAAUCUACAUUUGAUUAUUACACCCUCUGCUUUAAACACAUUUAUAUAUUAUUUUACAGAAUAUAGCCUCACCAUAAAUUAGUAGAGCUGCAUGAUUUGGCACAAAUUACUGAGCAUUUUUUUAAAUAUAUUUCUUGAACAAGCUUCUCUUAAACUUGAAAAUUCAUAAUAAACUUGAAAACAUUAAGAAACCUGAACACGGACCUCUCCAAUACGGUUUAAAGUAAAGAUUUAAUUUGGCCUGAUAGAUGAGAAUGAAAAGAAUAAUAAAUUGUGGACAUGGUAUAGUAAGAUCCAUGCUGCCCUCUACUGGUGAUAAAUGUGCUGUACUGAAUGUGUUUUAGUAAAGCUGUAACUUGACACUCCUUUAAGGCAGUUUGUAUACACCUUAUGGCGCAAUACUAAAAUAAUUGGAAAUACUUAAUUAAAUGAGACCACACACACACAGACACACAUAAAUUGGUGAUGUGCGGUGGUGAGAGUCUUGUGAGGGUGUGAAGGAGCGCCUGAGGAAACGCCCUAACCAAUUCAUUUUUAAUUCAUUUGUUUAACUAUGUAAAUAGUAUUCAGAAUCAGAGUGUGUGUGUUUAUGUGUUUGUGUGUGAAAACCUGACACAGGUUGUGUUUCAUGCAUGGACGCUACAC